GUUGUGGUCAUGUGCUGUGUUAAGUGAUUUUUUUUUAUAAUGGAGCAACUUAUUCGAAGAAUGUUAUUAUGUAGAAUUCCUCAUAAAGGACGAAGAAUGUUAUUGAAUUGUUAAAUUGACAAUUAAAGUCCCUCCGCAAUAGUGCACACAGGACGACAGUUUUUUUUUCGCCAUUGAGCAUCAACCGGCUUACACGUUAUAAUAAUGGGUGUAGCCGAAGAUUUUGCUCCUAGCUUCACGCAGAAGCCACAACUGCGACAAGAAGACGAAGGAAACCGAUUGAUAUUUGAAUGCCGACUGUUGGGAUGUCCCAAACCGGAAAUUACAUGGUUCCGGGGCGAGACUCAGCUGUCCGAAGACCACAGGACCGUGAUGAAAAUCCAGGCAGUGGCUACCAACACGUAUGUUGUUAUCCUCGAGCUAGAUGAUGUGGUCGAAAUGGAUGCUGGCCUUUAUAAGGUCAAAGCAAAAAAUAAAAUGGGUGAAGUGGCAGCAUCAAUCAAUUUGAAUUUCAGCCCGGUUGACGAACCUCAUGAAAAACAAAUUGAUGGAUUGGCCCCAACAUUUUCAAAAAAGCCAUCGAUCAAACAAGAAGAUGAUGGUAAGAGACUUUUAUUCGAGUGCAUUAUUCAAGCUGAUCCAAAACCAUCAAUUGCGUGGAUUCACGGUGGAAAACCAGUGAUAGAUUCUCCUAGACAUAAGCAAUAUGUAGAUAAAGAUGGACAUUCCUAUUUAGCAACUCUAGAAAUAAGAAACGUCACUGUUGAAGAUGCUGGAAAAUAUAAAGUUACAGCGAAAAAUGAAUUGGGUGAAAGUAAUGCCACAAUUAGUCUUAAUUUUGACAGUGACGAAGCACCUGUACCUGAAGAUGGGAUAAAGCCCACAUUUACCGAAAGGCCCAUAAUUACACAGACUGAAGAUAGUAGAAAUGUUAUUAUAGAAUGUCGUCUAGUGGGAGAUCCAAAACCAACGGUCCAAUGGUACCACGGUAAAAAUAUUGUGAAGGGUAGUAAGUAUUCCUCGUCAUUAAAUGUAGAUCAAAAGCUGUAUUACUUGGCAAAAUUAGAAAUAAAUAAUACAGAAGAAACAGAUAGUGGAGAAUACAGAGCCGAGGCAAUAAAUGUGCAUGGCAAAUGUGUCGCUAAUGUAAAUUUGAAUUUAAAUGACGACAAUAAGGGCCAUCUUAAAAUACCAGAAGGAAAGCAACCCAGGUUUCCUAAGAAACCAGUGAUACACCAAGAAGGGGAUGUUUUGGUAAUGGAGUGUGAGCUGGAAGCUAAUCCCAUUCCAGAAAUAAAUUGGUAUCAAGCAUCUAAACUAAUAUUAGAUACAGGACGGAUUAGAAUGUCAAAAAAGACAACUGGCAAAGACAUGUAUUUACUUAGAUUAGAAAUCACAAAUCCCACCAAAGAAGACGGUGGAAAUUAUCGUUGUAAUGCUUGUAAUAUAUUUGGUGAAAGCAAUGCAAACAUAUCAUUGAAUUUCCAAGGUGGUGAUAGUGGUUCUGGAUUUGCACCAUCGUUUAUCGAGAAACCUCGAAUAAUUCCAAAUGAGUCUGGCACACUAAUCACACUCCGGUGCAAUUGCACAGCUAAUCCUAAGCCAGAAGUCAUGUGGUAUAAAGGUACGAAGCUUGUCACGGAAACGUCGAAAAUUUCUAUGAAAGUUACCGGACAAGAAAACACAUACGAAAUACUUUUAUUGAUACAGGACCCAAUUGGUCCAGACAGUGGCACUUAUAGAUGUCAUGUGAAAAAUGAACACGGCGAAAGCAAUGCGAACUUAAAUCUAAACAUCGAAACCGAUCCUGAACCGGAAGGCGAACCUCCAACAUUCUUAAUUAAACCAAGAAUACAGUCUAAAAAUAACGGCAAACUAGUUGUAAUGGAUUGUACUGUAAAGGCAAGUCCCAAACCAGUGGUAGUCUGGUACCUUGAUGGUAAGAUAUUGAACCAAUCUUCGAAACUUUCUUGGAGAGUCGAGGAAAAAGGGGAUUCUUACUACAUAUGCCUGGAAUUAAAGAAUCCAGGUAAAGAAGACACGGGGUUGUAUAAAUGCAGUAUAAAAAACGGGAAUGGUGAACUGAAUGCAAAUCUGACGCUCAAUAUUGAAAUAAUACCGGUGAUUAAAGAAGUCCCACGUGUUGUCACGAUAUCAAAAACUAAAAACGUUGUCAUUGAGUGUCGCAUCCAGUCCAUUUUCGAACCCCAGUGCACAUGGAAGAAAGACAACACUGUGAUCAAAGACAACGUUACAAGACAAACAAAAAUCGAACGCGUUAAUGAUGGAGAGUAUUUGAUAAAAUUAGAAGUGAAAAAUGCAACUUCCAACGAUAAGGGUAUUUACAAUUUAAUUGCUAAAAAUGAAAAAGGUGAAGUAGUAUCCAGUCCUAUUGAAGUAAAAGAAGUUGUAGAAGAAAAAGUAGAAAAACCAUCAAUUGAUGAGAAACUCAAAUCAAUCCGUGCUAAUGAAGGUGAGCGAAUAGAAUUCGUUUCUAGUUUAUCCAAAAUUGAUAGACAAGUCACAGUCAUAUGGUACAGAAACUCAAAACAAAUAACGGAAACGUCAGAAACAAUUAUUAACUUUGAUGGAAAACGCGCAAGUUUAAUAAUCACAAAAACUAAAAUAGAACACUCUGGUACCUAUAAGAUUGUAUUUAAAAAUUCUGCUGGAAGUGAUGAAUCAUCUGCAGAACUUAAUAUUCUCGAAAAAAUGGAAGUUGAUGAGAAACAAGAGGAGGAAGUUAAAGAAACAAAAGAAAAAUCUGUGAAACGAAAAUCUUCAUUAACAACAAAGAAAACAGUUGACAGCGAAACUAACGAGAAUGCUUCACCAGAAGUAAAACGAAAAUCUUCAAUACUUAAGACUACUGAUGAAACUGAGAUAAAGGAAGAUGAACAACAUGAAGUGAAGAGGCGAUCUUCAAUAUUAAAAAAAUCUGCAGAAAGCACUACAACUACAAUAGAGGAACAGAAAGAUCAGGAAAAAAGAAGAUCUUCAAUAUUAAAGAAAACUACUGACGAAAAAGACGAAGUCAAAGAUGAAAAAGUUAAGAAACCAUCUGUAAAAAAAUUGUCUAAUGAAAAAACUGAAGUAAAAAAUGAGGAAACUAAGAAAUCAGCGAUAAAAAAAUCAUCUACUAACGAAAAAACAGAAGUUAAAGAUGAAGAAAUUAAGAAACCGUUGAUAAAAAAAUCUCCAGUUGAAAAAACAGAAGUUAAAGUUGAGGAAACUAAGAAACCAUUAAGAACAACAAUUGAAAAUGAUAAUUCAUUAUCAACUGAAGAAGAAAAAGUUAUUGAAUCUCCCCAAUCAAUCAAAAAAACUACAGAUGAAAAUAAAAUUAAUAAUCAUACUAAAACUCAAACGGUUCAAGAAAUUGUUGAAGAAAAACAAAAACCAUCAACAUUGAAAAUGGAAACUGAAGAUAAUAACGGUUAUACAUCCCCACCUGAAAAAACUAUUCAGGAUAGUCCCAUAAAAAGGAGAGGCUCUUCGAUAAAAAAAACCAACGAUCUGAUUGAACCAGUUGAAGAUAACAUAAAUGAGAUUAAACGACGACCAUCAGUAAAAAAAACUGUUGAAAAUAAAAUAGCAGUAGAAGAAGAAAAACUAGAAGUGAAACGCCGUCCUUCAGUAAAAAAAAAUGACGAUGACAGAACUUCAGCGGAAGAUAACACAAUUGACGAUAGUCGACGUCCGUCGAUUAUAAGUGUAAGUAAGAAACCAUCGGAAACUAAAACACUUAUGCCGGAAGAAAAGCCAGCUACGAAAAAACGACUUUCUGUGAAAAAGAAAAAAGACACUAUUGAGCCUGAGCAGCCAGAGAAAAAGAUGCGACCAACCAUAUCUAACGGUACUAAAAUUGAUAAUUCACAAGACUCAUUUGACGAAACUAAAUCGAUCGAUGAACGAACACCGGAAACAAGUAUAGAUUAUUCUAUAAUGUCAGAAGAUGAAAACUCUAUACAAGAACCAAGUAUAAGGUUGGACUCUUCUGAUGAGAAAGCUCCGACAGGCAGGCCAAGUCGAGUACCAGAAAUCAAAGCGCCUGAAAUGCCCAAAAUCGAAGUUAUCCGCGAACAAACACCAACCGAUAGCAGAAAGAACUCACUGGGUCCAAGUUCUGGACAAUCAAGUCGUAGAGGUUCGCUAAUUCCUCCACCAGAGGACAACAAAGGCCGCCGCCCGAGUUUGAUCAUCAGCGACGAGGAAAAUAGAAAAUUACGGCCCGGAGAGGUCCUGGAAGAAAAAAAGGUUGGAAAAUUGCGGCCUGGUCAGGUUAUUGAUGCAAAGCGUCGUCGGCCAAGCACAGAAAUGAGGAGACCUAGCAUAGCGGAACUUGAAGAAAAAAUUGAUAAACCCUCAACACCACUAAAAGAUUUCGGUGCACCCGGACCACCAAGCAUUGUUGAUGUUGCUGAAAGUUACUCAGCUAUUGAAGAUCAGACUGGAUAUAUAACUAUACAAGUCGAAGGCACACCAGCUCCUACAUUUAAAUUUUUCAAAGGAAUAACUGAGCUUAUCGAAGGAGGACGAUUCAAAUUCAUUACUGAUGGAGAAACAAAUACUAUUACAUUGUGUAUGCGUAAAGUGAAGCCAAAUGAUGAAGGAAAGUACCAGGUAGUUGUAACCAACAUCCAUGGAUCAGACACAGCAGAAAUGCAACUAUACGUAUCAGAUUCUAGUGGUAUGGACUUCAGAGCUAUGUUAAAGAAAAGAAAAUAUGCUAAAUGGGGAAAAGACAAAGACGAUCCAGAAUGGGGAGAAUUAAAAGAAACAGAAAUACCUGUACCAGCACUAAAAAAAGUGGAAAAGAAUCAUUUUUGA